AUGGUGUUGAAGAAGACCGGUGAUUGGCGAAUGUGUAUCGACUUCCGUCCCCUGAAUAGGGCUACCAUCGACGAUAAGUACCCUCUCCCCAAACUAUCCGAGAUGAUCCGCUCGAUUAAAGAUUCUAGAUAUUUCAUUGCACUCGACUUACGCAGCGGUUACUGGCAAAUUCCAAUGUCCGAAUCCUCCAUUGAAUAUACUGCAUUUCGCACCGCCACUGGACUGUACGAAUUCAAGGUAAUGCCGUUUGGUCUUAAGAACGCCCCAGCCACUUUCCAACGAAGUAUGAAUUUCCUACUCGACGACCUUCGCUACUCCGGUGUUCUUGUGUACCUAGACGACAUACUCAUCCACUCCCCGGACAUCCCGACCUUACUCAAACUGACGGACAAAGUGUUCCACCGCCUACUCAACGCCGGCUACACCAUCAACCUACAGAAGUGUCAGUUCCUUCCGCCAACUCUACUAUACCUUGGCCACAUUAUUGAAGACGGAAUAAUCCGACCCAAUCCCAAGAAGGUCGAGGCCAUCCAAUUGCUCAAGUCGCCCUCCACGUCCCACGAAGUUCGUUCUUUACUCGGUGUCACUGGGGUUCCUGCAAGCCUUUAUCCCUAA